AUGUUCGCAUCUACAGUAAAGUAUCGAAAAUGUCCUUAUGCGACUCAUUAUCCUUUGCAGACUUUACAACCACCUGACGAGAAUGGAAUGAGUAAAAAUUUCGAUGUGCGAUAUAUUCGUGAAGUAGACGAACGACUAGGCGUAGUUGUGAGAUUAUAUGCAAUGGUGGAAUGUUCCAUGCAGAAAAUUAAAGCAGAAAUUCUAAUCGAGCAUAUUCGGGCUCAAAUUUUGCCCUUUGAUCGGACAUUCGGAGAGCAUCCUAUCAACAAUAUUGGAAAUAAUGCUCAGUUGGCCAGUUUUCUCGGGACAACAAUAAGCACAAUUGGACGACAAUGUUCUCAAGCGUGCAGAGGACGCAAAGAAGAAAUGCCAAAUAUUGCUAUUAUUAUAAUACGCGACCAUCUUAUUUAUUGUGGUAUUUUGGGUGAUAUGGUCUUUGCUUUGCUACGGAAAAAUCCUGAUUCGUACGCUAACAGAGUUGGCUCUCAACAGUAUACGCUUUUCAGUAAUUGCAGUACAUCAAUGACAAUGAAACGAAGCAAAUCUGUAACAACAGGCAAUCUUAUAAAUCUUCACAUACAUGAGAUGCAACCAUCAGACUUACGGUUUUUUGUAUUUACCAAGGAAUCAGUUCGAGUCCUAUUAAAAUCAGUUCCAUCGCUAAAUUUGUUCGCAAAAACCCACGACGAAAUAACAUGGUUACUGCAUUUAUGGCAGGCGGAGAUUUACAUAAAGAAUCCAUAUGAAGUACCUGCAGCUGGAUUCUUACUUGUUAAUAACUUAUCAAAACUGAUUGCGAAUAAUGGUACUCGUUUGGAACUGAAUUUUACUGAGAAAUUGUUGAAAGAGGAAGAGUUUCAAGCGAAAGAGAUAAAAAAGCAAAAGAGGCAAAAGAUGAUGGAAAAAAGAUUGGAACAAUUGAAUAUGUUCAAAAAAUCAGAUAGUUCAACAAGUCAGUAUAGGACCUAUUUGGAAACGGAACUAAAAAAAAUUCAGAAAGCAUACACCAGAAUAACGGAACUUAUCAAUGAAUUACUUAAUGAAGAACGUAAUGAAAUAAUUGGUUAUAUGAAGCGUGAAGAAGAGAUUUCAAAUUUAGAAAUGCAACCUGAGAAAGAACAAAUGGUUUUGAAAGGAAAAUUAUUCACCCUGCAACAAUAUCAAAAAAAACAGCUAAAUGAAUUACAGCUUUUCUUGCUUAAAGUCCUGAAAUAUCAAGAUAUUGUACAAUGUGAAUUGCUCAUAAACAUUAAUAAACUGGAGGAAAGAUUACAAGUUGUUUCGUCCGAAACGAACGUAAUUUGUGUUCAAAAAGCGUACUAUGAUUACUACCGGAUAAGUCGUAUUACAAUGUUCCAGAACAAAAUUGAGCAAAAUUUAGAAAAUUUGAAGAAACAAAUGGAAGAAACAAUUAGGGAUGCUUGCAAGACGCAGUGGAAAUUAAACACACUUAAGUCACAGGUACAACAGAACAAACUAUGGACUAGACCAGUAUUGGUUCAAACCUGUUGGAGAGGGGGUAAUAGCGUGCAUGAUUUUUAUGCAACAACAAAUAGACGCCCAUUUUGCAGUAAUGGAUUUCAACAGCAACACUGGCGCCGUCGUCCAAACAGCGCAGUAUUCUGGAGAAAUGAUUUUAAUAAAAAUAAUUAA